CCCCCCCCCCCCCCCAAGAAUAUGCAGUUCGGCUGAAGUAUUGGUGUUCUCGUGGUGGGUCUCUUUGAUGAUUUUCUGUUUGAUAUUGGAUGAGUUUCUCAACUGUUUCUUGGGUUACUUUGAAAGUUGCGAGGCCGUUGCUCAAUGUAUGUAAGUGGUUUUUGGUGAAGAUGUCUUCGAAUGGCAAGAAUUCUGGUUCAAAUGGCAACCUCUGUUCCUCCUAUAAUCCGCAGGACGCCCAAGAGUCAUGGCAUGGAAGAGCAAGUGAUGGGAAAUGGAGAAGAGGACUUGUACUCUUGUGGCUUAUUGUUUUUUCUUUUGUGUUCAUUUGGGUCUUGUAUUCGAUCUUGACUGACGGAAGAUUGGGCAAGAAAGUGGAGACUCCUCUUACAAGUGGAGAUGAAGCUCAAGAUUCGUUGGAGAAUUGCAAUGCGAGCAUGGAGAAGAUUGUGUCUAUGGCAUGCCGCAGAGAAUGGGGAUGUGUAAUCCCUCCACGAACUAUAUUAUGUGCACUUAAGAUGCUGGGUUCCAGGAGGCAGAUAUUUCAUAGGCUGUGGGAAUUGGUGGCUGAAAAGGUGGGACUCACUGCACCUUGCCCAUCCAUAGAGGCUACUGGUGCAAUCUAUCAUGGUUUACCAUCGUCUCAGGAGAUUUCUUCAUCAUUUUUUAAUACUACAGUUUCAUCAAUUUCAUCCGCACAUCUGUGUUGCAAAGAGCAGAAUGAACUGAGAAUGAGAGAAAUUCGUACUGAUGCCACAGAUCAUUGCGAGACCAUUUACUAUGGGUUUGCCAAAAUUUGCUUGGGGGUCCUUAUUGGGAUGGCUGUAAGCUACAACCUGCGGAAGUUCUAUGACAAAACUAGGAGUCAAAAGCAUGAGAUGAGACAGAAACUUCCACUAUUGCAGCACGCUCAGCUGCAACAGCAGGCACAAAGUUCGUCACGAAGUACCGGAAAAUGGAGGAAGAAGCUUCUGGUUAUUUUUGUCUUAGGCGGUGUAAUCUUUUCCGUUUGGUUAUUUUGGUACUUGAAUGAAGACAUAAUGUUGAGAAGAAAAGAAACUCUGGCGAGCAUGUGUGAUGAACGUGCUCGGAUGCUCCAGGACCAAUUUAAUGUCAGCAUGAACCAUGUUCAUGCAUUGGCUAUUCUUGUUUCUACAUUUCACCAUGGGAAACAGCCUUCUGCUAUUGAUCAGAAAACAUUUGAAGAUUAUACUGAGAGAACAGCUUUUGAAAGACCUCUCACAAGUGGUGUUGCUUAUGCUUUAAGAGUUCGUCACUCUGAAAGAGAGCGCAUUGAGCAGCAGUAUGGAUGGACAAUUAAGAAAAUGGAUGUUGAAGAUCAAACUUUAGCUCAAGACUAUAACCCAGAGAACUUCAGCACUUCACCUGUUCAAGAUGAAUAUGCACCUGUUAUUUUCUCACAGAAAACUGUGUCUCACAUUGUCUCAAUUGAUAUGAUGUCUGGCAAGGAAGACCGUGAGAAUAUCUUACGGGCUAGAGCUUCUGGAAAAGGUGUCCUGACAUCACCAUUCAAGCUAUUAAAAUCCAAUCACCUGGGUGUUGUACUUACUUUUGCUGUAUACAACACUAAUCUUCCUCCUGAUGCUUUGCCUGAGCAACGCAUCAAUGCCACAGUGGGUUAUCUAGGUGCUUCCUAUGAUGUCCCAUCAUUAGUUGAGAAGCUCCUACAUCAGCUUGCUAGCAAACAGACUAUUAUCGUGAAUGUAUAUGAUACAACCAAGCAAGCUGCACCAAUCAAAAUGUAUGGCACUGAUGUGGCUGACAUGGGAUUGCUGCAUACAAGCUACCUUGAUUUUGGAGAUCCAACUAGGAAGCAUGAGAUGCAUUGCAGGUUUAAACAGAAACCUUCUCCACCUUGGCAAGCAAUUACAGCAUCUCUUGGAACACUUGUUAUCACUUUGCUUCUGGGCCAUAUCUUUCAUGCAGCCAUAAAUCAAAUUGAUAAAGUGGAACAGGAUUAUCAGGAGAUGAUGAAGCUCAAACAUCGUGCUGAGGCAGCUGAUGUGGCAAAGUCUCAGUUUCUAGCAACAGUUUCACAUGAAAUCAGGACUCCGAUGAAUGGAGUUUUGGGUAUGUUACAGAUGCUUAUGGACACAAAUCUAGAUGCCUGCCAACUGGAUUAUGCUCAGACUGCUCAUGAUAGCGGAAAAGAUUUGAUAUCAUUGAUCAACAAGGUUUUGGAUCAGGCCAAGAUUGAAUCUGGAAGGCUUGAAUUGGAGGCUGUACCUUUUGAUCUGCGCGCUGUUCUUGACAAGGUUCUGUCAAUUUUUUCUGGAAAGUCUCAUGAGAAAGGAAUUGAGCUGGCCGUUUAUGUUUCCAAUAAGGUGCCACAAGUAGUCAUUGGAGACCAGGAGCGGUUUGGGCAGAUUGUCACGAAUCUUGUUGGGAAUUCAAUUAAGUUCACAAAUGACAAGGGGCAUAUAUUUGUAUCUGUGCAUUUAGCCGACGAAGUGAGGUUUCCCCAAGACAUGAGGGACGAAGUUCUAAGACAAAGCUUGAAUGUUGUUCAAGAUGAUUUAAAUGCUUCAUUUAAUACAUUGAGUGGGUUUCGGGUAGUUGAUAGAUGGAGAAGUUGGGAAAAUUUUAAGAAUCUUGGUGACACCGCAGACGAACCCGGAAAAAUCAAAUUGUUAGUGACCGUUGAAGAUACAGGUACAGGUAUACCUCCCGAAGCCCAAGGCCGGAUUUUUACGCCCUUUAUGCAGGCUGACAGUUCUACAUCAAGGAAAUAUGGUGGGACUGGAAUAGGAUUGAGCAUCAGCAAGCGUUUGGUGGACCUUAUGGGUGGAGAGAUUGGUUUUGUCAGCAAACUCAACACCGGCAGUACCUUUACCUUUACUGUCACCUUCACAAAAGCCGAAGCAAAUUUGCUGGAUAAAAUAUGGCAGCCAUGCGAUCCAGCUGUUUCAGAACUCAAGGGACUAAGAGCAUUGGUAAUCGAUGAGAAAAGAAUCCGAGCAGAAGUUGUGAGAUACCAUCUCGAGAGACUGGGAAUAUCUGUCAACAUAAGUUCCAGUAUGAAGUCUGCUUGCUCUUAUCUUUCAAGUGUCUCAGAGUCUGAGAACUUCGCUAUGGUCCUUAUUGACCAAGAAAACUGGGAUAAGGAGACUUGCUUUUCGUUCCAUAGCCUCAUAAAGAAGAUGAGACACACUAUUUGCAGGAGCGAACGAGGAUUCUCUUUGAAGAUAUUCUUACUAGCAACCUGCCUAAGCUCUACUGAUCGCAACAAGCUGAAGUUAGACGAGUUAGUGAAUGACUUGAUAACAAAGCCUCUAAGGUUAAGUGCAUUAGUAUCCACCUUCCAGGAAGCAACUGGAAAGAGGCUUGAUACAAGGGGCAAUCCAUCUAGACUAAAAAAUCUACUCAAAGGCAAGCAAAUUUUGGUAGUCGACGAUAACAUUGUCAACAGAAGAGUUGCAGAAGGUGCUCUAAAGAAAUACGGUGCAGUUGUGACCUGUGUGGAAGGGGGAAAGUUUGCUGUCGAGUUGCUUAAGCCCCCCCACGAGUACGAUGCUUGCUUUAUGGAUCUCCAAAUGCCAGAAAUAGAUGGGUUUGAAGCUACCCGACAGAUCCGUAGCCUUGAAAAGGAAUAUAAUGAAAGAAUUAGCUGUGGUGAAACAUCAGUUGGCGGAACACUGUCUCGUUGGCACACUCCAAUACUAGCAAUGACGGCAGAUGUGAUUCAAGCAACAAAUGAAGCAUGCAUGAAAUGUGGGAUGGAUGAUUAUGUAUCAAAGCCGUUUGGAGAGGGACAACUUUAUUCAGCUGUGGCACGCUUCUUUGAGACCGGAUGAUUUGCUGUAUGCGGCAGCGGGUGAUGAUGUUGGUUGGGAUUCAGUGCUCCCUCUAAGAGCUUAGUAGCAGUUGAGCAUUUGAUUACUGACAAGUGACUCGUCGUGUCUGCUAUAACUGGGUUAUAGGCUUGGCUGAAUCCUGGUUGGACGGUCGGUGUCUCUCUUCUGGCUUGGCUGUUUGUGUGUGGGUGGGUGUGACUGAAUUUCAAUGUACAAAAUUUUCAUUUUAGUUUUGCAACAGGAGUGGAGCUCGGCUGAAACGGUAAGGAAACCAUUGCAAGAAAAAGCAGAGGAACCGACGCUUACAAACAUGCAUACAAGAUUGACGCUAAAAGCUCUCAUUGCCUUAAAUUCUUUACUGGGAAAGGAUGUAUCCUGUCCAGAAAAGUGAAGGAGAGAUACCUGUGUGUAUCAUCUGUGUUUUGGUUUAGAAUCUAGAUAGAUAGAUGAUGUUUGAGUUGUAGUGAGAUAUUAGUGUGGGUGUGAAAAUGUAUGACUGUAUAUAGAUAUGAGGUUUGAGAUUGAGAUUAAGAUUGUUGUUAGGCAGAUUUGCAAUAUUAUAUUUUUUUUGGUGGGAAUUGUAUAUGAGAGAAUUAGAUUCGUAUGUUGAGAUCCAUACUUACAGGGGA